AUCAUGUAUGUUUAAAAAAAAAAAUCGUAAAUCAUGUGCAAUCUUAAACAAAUGAAUGGAGGGACCCAAAUCACACUAUAAGUUCACAAUCCACUUUAAUCAAAAUUACUGAUUUUUUUCGAUCUUACUGAUUUUCUUUCCACAAAAAUUCAACUACUAUGGCGACAAAACCUUCUCUCUCCACCACCACCACCACCACCACCACCACCGCCGCCGUGCCGGAAAUAUCAAAGGAUAUGGACCCAAAACACGUUGCUGAAACUCAAUUAUUUGUUAAGCUUAUGAGUAUUGGUGUUCCCGUUCCUGAAAACUGCAACACCAAUGGCUACUUCGAUUCUUUCCUUCGUAAUUUCAUCAAAGUUGAUCAAAUUCAACGUGGUCGAAUCUCUUGUACCAUUGUCGCCAAACCACCUAUCUGUAAUGGCUAUGGAACACUGCAUGGAGGGGCUGUUGGGUCCUUGGUUGAGGUUCUGACAACUGCUUGUGCUAGAACUGUAGUUGCCGAGGACAAGGAACUUUUUCUUGGGGAAAUAAGCAUUUCUUACCUCUCUGGCACUCCAAUAAAUGAGGAAGUGAUAGCUAAUGCUUCUGUGGUGAAGAGUGGAAGAAAUUUGACUGUAGUUGCACUUGAAUUUAAGCUGAAGAAAACUGGGAAUUUGCUUUAUCUUACUCAUGCUACCUUCUAUAACAUGCCAGUUUCCAGCUUAUGAUAAUUUAGCUUUCUGGUGGUGGUUCUGUAAUUCCAUUUGAUGUAUGUAAUAAUAAAAUACUUCAAAUUAGUUUGGCUGAUUCUAAUCAUAAAUACAUGUAUAGUGUUGUUAUCCUUUU